AUGGUCAAACGAAAGAGAGCCGGUCUUGUAAAGCUUAACAAUCUGCCUAUGCUGCAGAAUCUCAUUCGCAGAGAUCCACCAUCAUAUCGCGAAGAAUUUAUUCUCCAAUACCGCCAUUAUGAGUCCCAGCGCGAUAUUUUCAUGUCGCAACCCGACGGCAGUGAAUGCGCAACUUUCAUCGAGUUGAUCGGGUUCAUGUCGAAUGUUUGCAGUUCAUUCCCGGACCUUACGCAGAAUUUUCCCAGUGAUCUCGCAGGGCUGCUCAUUAAGGGCCAUAAUGUGCUGAAUCCGGACUUGAGAGAGAAGCUUGUACAGAGUUUGGUUUUGUUGAGGAAUAAAGAUGUCAUCGCAUCGACUACGCUUCUGCAGACUUUGUUCCCGGUGUUGACUACUACUCAUUCGAAGGCCUUGAGGGCACAAAUUUAUACCACCAUUGUGUCGGAUAUGAGGAAUGCGAACUCGAAGGCAAAGAACCAUAAACUUAAUAAAACGGUGCAGACUGUUCUAUUUGGACUCGUAGAGGCAGGAAAGGAUGAUCGCAUGUCGACCCAGGGACUCUGGGCUGUCAAGUUGACGAGAGAGCUGUGGAAGCGCCGUGUAUGGGACGAUGCCAGAGCUGUUGAGAUCAUGAAGGAGGCUUCUUUGAGCACAAAUCCUAAAGUCAUGGGCGGGAGUGUCAGAUUCUUCCUCGGUGUCGACCAGGAAAUGGAGGAAGCAGAGGAGAGUGAUGAUGACAACGUUCCAGAUCUCGCUCAAGUGAAGCAUCAAGCGGGCAUUAACAAGAAGACAAAUAAGAAGAAAAGGAAGGUUGAUAAAGCUUAUGCGACGAUCAAGAAGAAAGAAAAGAAUAAAAAUAAACCUCAUCCAUUGAACUUCUCUGCCCUACACCUCCUCCAUGACCCACAAGGCUUCGCUGAAAACCUUUUCUCAAAGCACCUAUCUCGCUCUAGUGCGAAGCUUACUAUCGAGCAAAAACUCCUUGUGCUGCAGCUCUAUCUGAGCCCACGACAACAGGAUGUAACACAGUUCCUUGCAUGUACUGCACAAGCGUCUCACGACCUUGUGCCGCCAGAUGUCUUGGAGCCCAUUGUUAAGAAGAUUGCUGAUGAGUUUGUAUCCGAGGGUGUAGCAUCGGAGGUUGCGACUGCUGGUCUUAACGGUAUCCGUGAAAUCUGUGCCCGUGCCCCAUUAGCAAUGAAUGCAACACUUCUGCAAGAUUUGACAGAAUACAAGGGCUCUAAGGAUAAGGGUGUCAUGAUGGCUGCUAGAGGUCUUAUUGGACUAUAUCGCGAGAUUGCACCGGAGAUGCUGAAGAAGAAGGAUAGAGGAAAGACUGCAUCAAUGGGCAUGAAGGACCGAGAAACGCUCAGAUUUGGUGUUGAGAAAGAGGGUGAAAUCGAAGGCUUGGAACUACUCGAACAGUGGAAAGAAGAGCAGAGAGCUCUCAGGAGGGCAGAAAAGGGCCUCGCUAGCGAUGAUGAAGCAGAAGCAGAGGAGGAGGAAGAGGAAGAUGAAGAGGACAAUUGGGACCAGUGGGAGGUUGAGGAAGAAGACAGUGACGAUGACGGCACGGGCUGGAUCAACGUCGAUAGUGAUAAAGAGAUUGAGAUUAGCGAUUCAGAAGACGAGAGCGAGAAGAAGCCCCGCAAAAAGACAAAGAAAGCUGGUGAAGAAGGGGCGGAAGAGGGAGAGAAGGUAGAGGAGGGAGAGGGAGAGGGGAAAGAUUCUGAAACGCCUAAAGACCAGCCCAUCGAGGAAAAGGUCAAUGAACUGGAAAAGAAGCUUUCAAACCUUGCAACAACCCGCAUUCUUACCCCCGCCGACUUUGCAAAACUUGCCGAACUGCGUGCCCAAGCAGGUAUGGAUAAACUCCUCGGAAACGACAAAAAGAGCAAGCACGCAAGCCGUACAGGCAUUACCAACGAAGAUGCCGUCGAUGUACUCGAUAUUCAAGGCCCUGCGAAGCGUGGUAAAGCAGAUAAGGAAGCGCGUCUUGCAGCUGCUGCGGAGGGCAGAGAAGGCCGUGAAAAGUUUGGAUCGAAGAAGUCCAAACACAAUGAGAAGGAGCACAGUACGACGAACAAGGAGAAGGCGAGAAAGAAGAAUUUCUUGAUGACGGUGAGAAAGGCCAAAGGAAAGCAGAAGAGAAGUUUAGUGGAGAAACAGAGGGUGUUGAGGGCUCAUGUGGAGAAGCAGAAGAAGCAGAAGAGAAAGCAUUAG